GACAUUCUGAAUGUUCAAGUGGUUGUUAACUGUUGUUAAAUUCUUAUCUCUCGGAGGCCUUUCCGUAAAUUACGUUCGCCUUCGGCCGUAGACGAUCGGUUACUAAAAAACAACGUGGAAAAAAAUUCUCUGAACCAGCUUUCAUUUCUUAAACUUUGUUUAAAUUAAUUUUUUAAUCGUUUCAAAUAUUCGCGCUCGAUCACCUGUUGGCUUCGAUUCGCUGACGUUGCUCAUAAAGCGGAACACUCCAAAGUUCGACUUCGUUUUAACCAUUUCGUUCAUUUCUGUUAUUUUCGGCACAACUUAAAAAAAAAGAAAUAUGGCACUAAAAAUGUUUAAGGCGGUCAUUUUGGGUGCUCCAGCAUCCGGGAAGGGAACCAUCUCGUCACGAAUCGUUAAAAAUUUUAAUCUGGCACAUAUUUCAAGUGGAGAUUUGCUGCGAUUAAAUAUUAAAAAUGGAACAGCUAUUGGAUUAGAAGCUCAAAAAUAUAUUAAACAAGGAAAAUUAGUACCUGAUAAUUUAAUGAUUAAGUUUAUAAUCAACGAAAUCAAUAAAACCAAAGAUAAACCAUGGCUUUUAGACGGUUUUCCAAGGACUUUAUCUCAAGCCAAAGAUUUAUGGGAUAAACAACAAUUAGAUAUCGUUAUUAAUUUAAAUGUACCUUUUGACGUGAUUGUUGAAAGAGUUAAAGGAAGGUGGAUUCAUUUACCAAGUGGAAGAGUUUAUAACAUUGAUUUUAACGCACCUAAAAUUCCGGGAAAAGAUGAUGUAACAGGCGAAGAUUUAAUACAAAGAGAAGACGAUAAACCUGAAGUUGUUCUCGAACGAUUAAAACAAUACGAAAAUUUAACCAGCCCCGUCACAGAUUUUUACAAAAAAAAAGGUGUCUUAAAAGAAUUUGAAGGAAGAACAUCUGAUGAGAUUUGGCCCAAAGUUUUAGAUUCUUUAACAAGUUAUAUUCCACUUCAUAUUACAUCUCAAAAACAUGUCCUUUAAUUCUAUUUUUUUAUAAUAAAUUGUUAUUAAUUUUUGUUAUCAUUGCUUUCUUGUAGAAAAAAGAAUUUAUAUAUACAAACAUUUUUAUACUUUACCUUUAUAAUGUGGUUGUGACAAUAAAAAAAAGCCAUUUUUUAACUUUUUAA